UACAGUACAGUAUAAUUAUAAUCCUAUGACUACUAUAACUGGAGUCAGUGGGGUAUUAUUUCUUGUGGUGUACUUGAGCUUCUUGUUCUUGUUAAGGGCUAGAACUAAACUGAUCCUUCGUGCUUGUUGCACCCGACACAGUUGAGGGUUAAACUGCAUGCGAUGAUAGAUUUAGUCUAUUUGAAAAAGCAUAAAGGUUCAUACAGUACAUGAUAUUUUUUUUUUGUUCGCUAAUGUGAAAAUGAAUGUUAUGUUCAUGUGAGGCAUUGUAUGACAUAGGUGUUCAAAUGAUGGUGUAUUAGCAUGCAGGGUGUACAGUAUUUUGACUAAAAAUAAGGAUAAAUCUUGAUUAUAUCAUACUAAGAAAUCAAGGAUGACAACCCGUUAACAGGUCAUUGGUGUGUAUUCCUAAGAAGCAAGGUAAGCAUUUCUUAUCCUGUAAUAAUUCUUUCCUUCACAAUUAAAAUAUCUCAUUAUUUAGUUAACGUAUUAUUUAAUCGUGCUGUGUAUAGCAUUUUUCAUUUUUUGUUAUUUAAGUCUUUGUAAUUUAAACCUGCUGUAAUAGGGGUACAGACUUUAGAAACUUGCAAAACAGGUGCGUUUGUCGCUUGAAAGUCUGUCCCUCGAAUAUGCAACAUUUGAUUUGCAGUAGUUUCUUCAACUCUUACAGGGUUAAAUGAUAUGCCACUGCCAGAUGUAAGAUUAAAACUGUUAAUUUAAACUAUAUGAAUCCACUUUUUCUCAAAUUCAUGUAAAUAUAUUUUAGACCAAUCUAAUAUACUGUGAAAAGCAUUCUGAAACUGGUUCGGACAUGAAAAUAUAUAUAUAUACGGGUACCUGUAUAUAUAAUUUUUUUUACCCAGCACAAAUGAAGUCUUAGGUUAUUCCAGGCGAUUAUCAUUGUUCAUAGGUGUAUGUGAGACCUCCCCCCCCCCCUUUAUUCACAUAAUACUGUAAGGGUUAUAUUACAGAUAUUUUGCUGACAACAAAACUGACCCUGCCACUGUGUUUAGAAGGCCAUUAGCAGCUACAGUAUUUUGUUUUGGUGCACAUGUGUUUUGAAACUCAUGUUAUUGGGCAUGUGGGCACAUAUUGUUGAUAGACAUGGAUUGUGUUGUGCAUACAUUAUAUUGUUGGUAGACACAUAUAUUGUGUUGUUAGACAUUUAUUGUUGUGUUGUAGGUUAUGCACAAUCCAGUACAGUACUGUAUUGUGUUUUAGGGUGGCCAUUGUGUCGGGGUGUCAAGCAUUGUGAGAUUAUCUUAUCAGUAAAUUUUUGGGGGAACCACAUUAUUUUUAUUGCUCUGUUUACAAACACGUUAAUGAUCAAGUUAUCUUUAUAUUCACAAGCAUUAUGUUAAAUGGCAAAUUUCUGAUUUCUCUGUAUCCAAACCUGGAUUAUUCAGGUACUGUGUCAGUUAAAGUAAGUUGCUUAGUUGAAUAACAGACAAGUGAUAGUAUAAUCAGGUAUUUUUUGUGGUUUCUUAUCUACUGAGUUUAAUCAUAUCUUCAAUAUCUUUGGUUGUUUCUCAGUCAUUCUAGACAUCGUCAUCAUUGUCCAUGUCAGUGCAGCAACAUUGACAGAAUUGACAAAAUUAAAUUGGAAAGGUUUUUUAGAAUGUGAAAAAUUGCUCUUCUUAGUAUCAUUAGUGGUGAUGUUUGGUGAAGCCUGAUGUGUCGUUGUAGAUUGGCUGUAUUGGGGACAUGCAUGCAAGGCUUGUCUACUGCAUUAGUCCUGCAAGACGGUACUUUGUGAAAUAUACGAGCGAAACAUAUUAAGGAGAGGUGUGGAAGGAGCCAUGGCUGGUUGCAGUGAGCAGAAUGCCCUGUUGUUGGGUCUGGUGGAAGUGACCCUGGCCAUGAAGAAUCUGAGAAAUGAGGAGAGGAUUCAAGUGGCCCAGCAGUGUCAUGAUGCAGUGUGUGGAGGGGCAGGCAGGGUUAUGGCCCCAGGGAUUCUGGGACGAGUUGAAACGGGGUACAUGGGAGUGAAGAUCCACGUGGACAAAGAUAGCAUACAGGUGCUCAACAAUGAAUACGUGGUAAGCCGCCACAAAUUGGAGAGUGUGAGCGUUAUGACAGUCAUACGCAAGACACCAGGCCACCUAGUGUUCGUCGGCAAGUGUCAGAAGAAGGAGCAGCAGCGCCUGGCUGUGGUGUUAGACAUGAUGUCUGAUACAGAGGCCGAACUGCUCAUCCAAGACUACAGGCACAAAAGACAAGUGAUGAAAACUAGAUUGAUUGAUAUGAAGUCGAAAGUCCCUCCUCCGCUUCCUAAUACGCCACCACCAUCGACAGGUCCGCCAAUUUGUACAAACCUGACACUUACUAUGCCACAUCAUCUUGUCCUUCAAUCAUUAUCGUCACCGACAAUUUCCCCGAUCGUUGACAAGCAGAAAGACCAAUUUGUGCAUCUCCCCGACACUCAAGAGCCACCGCCACUGCCAGACCGGAAGCCGAGCUCUCGUUCUCCUCUGCUUCAGACUGCUUUAAGCCCUACGUUGCCUCCUCGACCUCCCAAUAUGGUCGCAACGCCUUUGUUAACGUGUCUGUCACCGUUUAAUUUUCCACAACAGAGCGGUACUGUAUCAGGAAUGACUAAUACUAUUCCUGACUCCCAAAUAAAUCCAGGUAAAAGUAGGAAUGAAAAUGAAACAGAGGGCAACAUGAAGAUAAAGACUGCUCAGGUUCCAGGAGGAAAUCAAAUAUAUGAAGAGAUACAAAGUAAUCACGAAAUCUUGGGUGCCGUGUCCAUGGCAAGUGGCGAUGACGUGAAAAAGGAGCUGAUUUACAACACGAUUCCUCCACAAUUGCACAGAUUAUCUAUUUCUUCUUCAGACGACACGGUAGCAACUCGGGCAAAUCAGUGGCCACCACCAAAUAAUGUUAUCAUGUCUGAAAAGGGAACUUUGUCAUCUGAUGAUGGAGAUGACACCAUCUAUGAGGAGGAAGAAGAAUACUACGAGGUGCUAGGGAUCAACUUGAGGGAAACUGAACGAAUUUACAUGAGGACGUCGAUGAUAGAUAACAAGCAGCAGACUACGCAGACGUCAUUCGAGGAAGAUAUUGUCCAAUUUCUGAGAGAUGAACACAAGUACCUUUAUUCAAUUGGACGAAUACGUGAUGCUAGAAAAUCACUUAAACCUCAGCUGCAGAAUCUACUGAGGGGCACGGAUACAUUGGCUACAGUUCACAACGAUAUGUAUGAAGAGUUGUACGAUGGCUACAGAUCGUGUUCCAGAAUUGCUGAAGUCUUUAUCUCCCGGAAGGAUCAGCUGAAAAAUUAUGAAUAUUAUUUGAUGAAUGCGCCAAAGAUCAAUAAAUACUUAGAAGAUCUGCCAGAAGCAGUAACACAACAGCUUCCCACACUACGGGAGGAUAUAAGAUGCUCCUAUAAGAGAUUGCACUUCUAUUUCAUGAACUUAGAGAAAAUGCUGAGGAGCGCCCCACCAGAAGACAGGGAAAUAGUCCAGGAGGCCGUUGAGAUGCUUCGGGAGAUGAACCGUCGAGGGGACUCUGGUAUUCUCAUCGCUGCAGUCAAGAGUGUACCUUUUGAUCUUCAUCUUUUCAGACCCCUGCUUCUCCAUAAUUCAUUCACCAUCAGAAGUUCAUUCACAGACAGAGGUAGAAUUAGUUAUCGUGUUCUGCUGUUUGUAGAGAUGAUCGUGGUGACGGUGCCGAAGAAGGAGCAGUAUGAGUAUCAGGAACACCUGCCCAUCAACCAAGUGAACUUUUUGAUCCCGAGUAACACCAGCAAAAGAGAGUUCAGUCUAGAACUCGUGCUUGGAGGGCAGAAAAAGAACAAAGAAUACACGUUCUGCGCACCAAGCAUGGAGGCUCGAGACGUAUGGGUAGAGGAAAUUAAUCGACUCCUUAAAGAACUGGCAGAGAAAAUAAAAAGUGAAACACUGAGACGCCUGGGAUACAGCAGCUCGAGUUAGUGAAGAAGACAGUCAGUCAGUGAUCGAAUGUUCGAAGAAACUGGAAGUAAAUUUAACUAAAACAAAGUAUGGCUUUAGUUGUGACAUUAACUAUUAAGGAUACUUUUUUGUGGUCUUCAACUAUUAUUGUAAAGGAAACGUUUAUGUAUAAUACUUUUGAAUCACCACAUAAUGCAAAUGACUUCACUGUUUAGAUGACAGCUUGUCCUUGGAAAGUGCCAAGAUUAAUUUCCUGUUGCUCUUCAUAUUGUAAAGUACUGUAAUCAAUAUAGAUGUACUUGUACUAUCAUGGACUAAAGUUCACUCCCUGUGGUGAAACUGAGUCAGAGUCAGAGAGGAUGGGGGGAUUGAGGGAGGGGUGGUGUGUAGUAAUCAAUCUGGCUUCCUCGGCCUUUGAGAAUAAUUGUCUGUAUUCUCGAAACAGGGAAACAUAUUUACUUGCUUUAUCGCUUAGGUUUAAUUCUCGAAGUCUCUUGAUGUUUGUGUUUAUAGUUUUUAUUGAAAAAAUUACAAAUCCAAAACAUCAGCAUGCUUAUAAUAAUUUUCUGCACAUAACUGUAGUUUUCACCAUGCCACUUUAGUAAAUAUGAAGUACAAACUUAUGUUCAGUAUGUGUAACUUCCCCAAGAGACUCGGUAAAUACAAGCUUCAAGGGACUUUUAUAAAAAUAAGACCAGCUGUUACUGUUAUUAACACCGGAACAGUGAACUCUAUGUUAACUUUUAAGACUAAUUAGCCUUUUAAAUGAACAUGAAUAUAAUUAUGUAUUGUCUUCAACACUAGAAACCAUAGGUACAGUAGCUAAAGCAACUAUCUGUGCAUACUUUGUGGGAAACAAUAUGAGAUCAUGGAUGAUAAAUUUGGGUAUAUGAGGGCUGUCACUAGUCACACGUAAAAUUUCGGAGCAUAUCGACUCCCACCCCCACAGAUGAUUGUUUUAGCUACUGUACAUAUAUACACUGUAAUUAAUUUGAGUUUCUUCUUUAUCUACAUGUUUAAUAGUUUGUUCUGUACUGCAGGUGAAAAAUGAUCUCUAAAUGUUGAUAGUAUUUUUAUAUUAGGAUUGGCUUUAAUGAUCAUCAAUUUGGGAGUCGUAGGGAGGAACUGGUUAGAGAACGGGGUCAUGGGGUUCAUCCAUAGGCCACCACCCUCCUCCUUCUCCUUGUGAAUUUCCAUUAGUAUCAACUGCAUCACUCAAUAAUCAUGACCAUCUUAAAUACUGUUUCAUAUUCAUACAUUAUUGAAUUUAUAUUGAGUUUUGUAAACUUACACUAAUUAUAUGAAAUAUAUUUCAAUGCAUCUACA